GACGCGCAAGGGAUUGGAUCUCACAAUAAGUGGCAUCACUCCCACUGAAUCGCGUUAUUUUCCUUCUUCAAGUUCGCAUCCUGACGCUUACGGUGGCGUUCACAGCUCAGUGGGGUGGAAAGAAUCCCAGAAUUGGUCGAGAAUCACUGGGCGAACGAAAAACCUGCAUGUUCCUUUGCCCAUCCCCAAACACAAAUACGAGACUCCACAUAUACGAAUCCCCCCGCAUCGGCCUCGAUCCCUCCCAUCCUGGCACCACAGCUUCUCCUACUCACCCUCGAGUAGAAUUCAUUUCCCAGCCUUACAGGUACUUUGUUCAUCCCGAGAGGUUGACGGCAAAUGGGCGAGCACAGACACUGCUCGGUGUUCUUCCUCAGAAGGAGCUCUCCGGACUAAAAGGCAAGACCGUGAACGCGUAUCUGGCAGAAUAUCAGGCCGGUAUGGAUAGAAAGGCUAAGCUGGAGGAAUUCGUGGGUGCACGCGGGAAAGGCGUCUCAUCGUCUCCGACAAAGUACAUGAAAUUGAUGGGCUGUAUUGAAUCCCUGAAAGCUGGCAGGUCUGCAGCUGGUGAUGGUAAUGGAGCCCUGGCCUCGGUACCGAUCAUGAUCACUGCCGUACCGGCAAGUUGACCCCCCUGAAGCACGCCAAUUUCCGUUCCGAUACUCUCCCUCUGACUACGGUGCAGCGACACGGUAUUUCGUAUAUCUCUCAAUCU